UUAUCCAAUUAUCUCCUACUCUAUCUCCUCGUUCAUCUCCCCAUCUUGAAUUCUUGAUCCAAUUAAUGGCUACGGCGGUGGGGUGGCCUAGCUGCUCUUCUCCUACUGUAUAUAUUCGUCGCUUCUCGUCUGUGUUCCGCGGCUUCCGCCGUUCCCCCAUGGCCCCUCGUCCUCGUCGCUUCUCGUCCGUGUUCCGCGUCGCAGCUCGUCGGCGCAAUGGAAAAGCGAAAGCAGCUGGCCUCCAAGUCGAAGACAAACUCUGGUUCUGGUGCGCCGGCGCCGCUGCAGUCAGCGAUUGUCUCGACGGCGGGAAAGCCUCCACGAGCUGAACCUGUGCGUGCACGUCGACCACCGACUAGUGAUGUUCAAGCAGAGGGAGGGGAAAUCAUUGCUGUUGGUGAUGAAUCGGAAGAUGAAUGGAUAGAGGUUGAUGAUGACUAUCAAGCAAUUGACGAGGCAGAGAAGAUUGAUAUGGAUGAUGAAAUGUCCGAGCCAUCUCUUGGAUUAGGUGAUGGCCAAAAUGACAAUGAAUUUGAAGAGGUCGGAUCCAUUGAGAUGCCAAAGAAAGUGGGGAAAAUAAAAACCACACAAGCUGCUGAUGGUAAGGCCAAAGUGAAGAGAACCAGAGCAAAGCGUUCAGAGUGUUGGAAGUAUUUCAAAGAGGUCAAAGCUGUAUCGAAGAAGAGGCCGGGUGAAGUUGUUAAAAAGGCGAAGUGCUUGCAUUGUUUUGGCUUCUUUGCUUAUGGUGGAGGGUCAACUACUAGUCUCAAUAGGCAUAAAGAUGCUUGCCCAAUCAUACUGAACAAGAAAGCAAAACUUCUGCGUCAAGGUACAAUUGGAUUUGAUCCCGAAAAGCCAGGUGCAUCUCUUAUAGUGAAUAAUGAAUAUGAUCAUGAGGAGUGUCGGAAGAUAAUAGCGAAGAUGAUAAUUGUGCAUGAGUAUCCUUUUAGGAUGGUAGAGCAUGCUUGGUUUAAUAUCCUCAUGAAUUAUAUGAAUGCAUCAUACAAGUUCAUUGGUAGAAAAACUAUUAGAGCUGAAUGCAUGAAGGUAUAUUUAUCUGAAAAAGAAAUUCUGAAGAAGCAACUCAGGUCUGUUGAGAGCAUUAGUUUGACAUGUGAUUUAUGGACUUCAAACCAGAAUCUGUGCUACUUAGCUUUGGUUGCUCACUACAUAGAUGAUGAAUGGAAUAUGCAAUCUCGUGUUCUGAAUUUCAUAGAGUUAGAUCCACCACACUCAGGAAAUAUCAUAGCUCAAGCAGUGUUUGAAUGUUGCCAAGAAUGGAAAAUAGAAGAUAAGAUCAUGACAAUGACCAUGGAUAAUGCUUCCUCGAAUGAUGUUGCUGCUACGAAUUUGACGGGCCGUUUCAAAGCUAGGAAAUCAGCAAAAUUCAUACCUAAGUACUUUCAUGUUCGUUGUUGUGCACACAUAAUCAAUUUGAUUGUGAAUGAUGGUAUUGCACCGCUGGAACCUUUGAUUGGCAAGCUUAGAGAGACUGUCAAAUACUUGAAAAAGUCUCCAUUACGCAUGAAAAAUUUCAGAGUAGUUUGUGAUUCUCUCAAGGUUGAUGUUGAGAAAGGCUUAUGCCUAGAUGUAUCCACCAGAUGGAGUUCCACUCACAGGAUGUUGGAUGCUAGUAUUUUGUAUAGAGAAGCUUUGGAUGAAUAUGCUCAACAAGAUCCUAAUUACAAAUGGCAGCCUACUGAUCAAGAGUGGACACUAUGUGGAAGAAUGCAACCAAUCUUAAAAGCAUUUGCUGAGGUGACCACUGUACUAUCAGGUUCGAACUACCCUACUGCUAAUAUCUUUUAUCCAUACAUCAUGAAUGUUAAGAUUGCUGUGAACACCCAUGCUGUGCAAAGUAAUGAUGAGAAUUUGAAGGCGAUGGGAAAGGCAAUGCUUGACAAGUUUGAUAAAUACUGGGAUAGCACUUAUAGUGAGAAUGUCAAUGAUAGCGGGAGAAACAAAAAAAAAAGGUGAAGAACAAUGUUAUGGUCAUUGCAACCAUUCUUGAUCCUAGGUUUAAAAUGAAGCUUGUUGACUACUGUUUUAAGCAGUUGUAUGGCAGAGAGAAAGGCAUGCGUGAGGCAGAAGACAUCAAAGCAGAGUUUUUUGAUCUGUAUGCUACCUAUGAGGUAGAAAAUCGACAGAAGGAGGCAGCCAACAGCAAUGAACAAAGUGCAAGUUCUAGUAGGAACCAAGCUACAUCUAUGUCCACAUUGAGUGGGUUUCAGUCAUUCUUGGAGGAGACAAACACAGAGCCAUGUCAGUCUGAAUUGACUUGCUAUCUUGAGGACAAAACUCAUCCCAUGGCUGAUCGUAAUUUCAAAAUAGUCGAUUGGUGGAGGCUAAAUGCUCAUAGGUAUCCUGUUAUUGCAAAGAUAGCAAGAAAGUUCCUGACAGUACCAGCAACUAGUGUGUCUUCAGAGUCCACAUUCUCUACAGGGGGUAGAGUUUUAGAUGACUACUGCAGUUCCUUGCGCCCGAAAAUGGUUGAGGCACUUAUUUGUGCUGCUAGCUUCAUAAAAGGAUAAAAAGAUAACUAUAUGAGGCCUACGAUUCCUCAAGAUGAUAGUGAUGAUGUGGAAUUCAUACCAUUUCCGGAUUCUUCUGUGGGAAGCAAUUAACGGAAGCCAUCUUCAUUUGACCUGCUCUUUUAAUCUGUUGGAGACGUCAUUUUAUUCUUUGCCUAUUGGAGACCUUUUUGUUAUGUCUUAACUACCGUAAUGGUGUCUUCGUGAUGUAUCAUGUUUGAUGCUUGUCAGCGACUAUUAAGUUUUUCCUGGGAAUAAAG